AAUGAAUUUGACUGUAAAAUAAUUUAAUGAUAUUAAAUUUAAAAUAUUAACGCUAUUCAAAAAGACCAACGUAACGUUCGUUUAAAAUGACAUAUUGUUAUAUAAAAUAUAUUGUAUUUUUAACCUUUUUUUGUUAUAUUAAUUUAAAUCAUUCAUAUAAGUGCAUAGUAGUUCCUUAUAAAUAUAUUUAUAAUGCAAACAAAAUAAAAAUUGACUUUGAAGUUGUUGAUUCUUUACACUAUUACAAUCCAGUUGAUGCAGAUUGGAAAAGAAAAAAAUGCAGCAGUCUAGGUUUUACAUAUAAAGAACCAAAUACGAAACAUGAAUUUACGCCGUAUACAGUACCAGUUGAAUUUCACUAUACUAAAAUAGCUAUGGCUUUAAUAUUGUCUGAAUUAAUAUGCGGAGAUCGAAAUCUAAUCUAUCAUUUUGCGAGAAAUAUAGUAAAUAAUUUAAAAUCUAACGAAGAUAUUGAAAAACUUUUUGAAACAAAAGAGAUGUUUAAAAAUUACAUAGCCAAGACUACGAAAGCUGAAACACUAACUAUACCAACUGACGAAGAUGAAGAAACAGAAUGUCCAAUUUGCUAUGAUAGUAAAUAUCCUACUUAUUAUUUCAGUGGAUGUACCCAUCGAGUGUGUUAUAUUUGUGCUGAUAAACUAAUAAUUAAAAGAAAUUAUUAUUGUCCAUUUUGUAGAACAUACUAUGAUGGGUUUUAUGAAAAUAAAGAAAUUGCAUUAAGUUGGUGGGAUACAUUAGAAAUUCUUGCUGCUGCUUAUUACUUAAAUGCAUGUAUUUAUAUCUAUGAUUAUCGACUAGAUAACUGGAUAUUAUACCGGAACUAUUCUACUAAAUUUGAUUAUAAAAAUGAAAAAUGUGUGUAUUUAUAUAAAACCGAAUAUAAUAUGGGUGUCGUUACAAAUCUUACUUCAUCUUAAAUCUUUACAUAAUCAUGUAAUAAUUAUGACUAAGUAAUAUAUGCAAACUCAUUUUCUUUAACGUGAGAAGUGUUAAAUUAUACAAAUUUGUUAUCUUACUAGUUUUUAAUUAUGUAAAUAUAUCUUAUUGUAUUUCAUUGUUUAUAAUAACAUAGCUGUCAUAUAUUUACUUU